CUGAUUCUGUCUUGUUCCUCUGUCAGAGCUCAGCCACGGGCCGGCGCACGUCCACGGAUUAAACUCGGAAUUCUGUGGAAUACUCACAACAAGCCUGAAAUUUUCCUGGAUUUCUUUUCCGUCACAGCUUCUCUUCGUGUUCUAUCCGAGUUGGAAACUAUGAAGCUGUGUGUGGUGGCCGUUUUCGCCCAUGCACUCGUUAUUUUCUCUCUGGCAAGUGGUGCAUCUAUAGAGAGGUAUGAGUCAGAGAAGCCUGCACAAACGACUGUGAUUCACCUGCUGCGCACAUCCGAGGCUCUGAACGACAGAAAGCCUGCUGAUGACAGCAAGCACAAGCACCAAGAAGAAGAAGAAGAGGAGGAAUAUUACUACGAUGAUGAACAAUACGACGAUGAGCUGUCUGGGGAUUUCGAGAUGCCUCGAGUCGCAUUUUCAAGCAAACCUAAAGACCCAACCACGGUGCUGAACGCAGAGAGGCGUGAAGGUGAUGGGAACGUUAAAGGAGAAAGGAAAAGAAAGGGAAAGGGGAAAGGGAAGAAAAGGAAUCCUUGCUUGAAGAAAUAUAAGGAUUAUUGCAUCCAUGGAACGUGCCAGUAUCUGAGAAAGAUCGGCCAGUCGUGCAUAUGCAAUCCAGGUUACUCAGGAGUGAGGUGUCAGUUUUUCUCCUUACCUGUAGGAACACCUGAAGAAGGCUACAGUCGGACAACAGCCCUCGCUGUCGUGGCUGUGGUUCUUUCAACACUCUGUCUAACCAUCAUCGGCCUCCUCCUAGCUCUCAGGUUUCACAAACGAGGCACGUAUGAUGUAGAAAACGAGGAGAAGGUUAAGCUUGGCACGUCUACACACCGCUAAAUAACAGGAGCUCACAGGUGACUGUGAAGUCUGUGAAAUUCUACCUCAAAAUAAAAUAGACAAGAUGAAGGCCGAGAGAGAGAGAGAGAGAGAGAGAGAGUUACAGAUGUUGUCUGAGUCAUGACGCCACAAGCGUUCCAGUUUAAAUCACUGGGAUCGAGACUCAUCAGGAUGUUCAGCAAGGUAUAACCAGAGCUCGGUGCUUGGCCCUGUGGAGCUGCAGUGUGAGUGUGAAGAAGAAGGACUGAGACACGAGGCAUGUUUCGGACGUAAAUAUCUGCGUCUACUGUGGGUUCGGACAUUGACUGAUAAAGAGACAUGGCCCUGAAAUGACCUGUUUUUACCUGUAAAAAAUGUCUAUUUAUGUACAUUUGUUUUUGAGACCCUAGUGUUAAUUUAUUUAUUUAAAUAUUUAUUUGUACCAAACUUUAGAGGCUCUGAUUUUACUUGUCCAUGUGUUUUGAAA